AUGGAGGACUACAGACAUCAGGGACAACAUGGAGCACUACAGACAUCAGGGACAACAUGGAGCACUACAGACAUCAGGGACAACAUGAGGACUACAGACAUCAGGGACAACAUGGAGCACUACAGACAUCAGGGACAACAUGAGGACUACAGACAUCAGGGACAACAUGGAGCACUACAGACAUCAGGGACAACAUGGAGGACUACAGACAUCAGGGACAACAUGGAGCACUACAGACAUCAGGGACAACAUGAGGACUACAGACAUCAGGGACAACAUGAGGACUACAGACAUCAGGGACAACAUGGAGGACUACAGACAUCAGGGACAACAUGGAGCACUACAGACAUCAGGGACAACAUGAGGACUACAGACAUCAGGGACAACAUGAGGACUACAGACAUCAGGGACAACAUGGAACACUACAGACAUCAGGGACAACAUGGAGGACUACAGACAUCAGGGACAACAUGA